AUGCCUUUUCCGGCAACUCCAUCACCAUUCCGCCUCUCCCGCCGCAACCCAUCCACGCGCCGCAGUGGCCCUCAAUUCGCCCCCACACCUCGGUUUCUGCUAUCACAAAGUGCAACACAGAAGGAAGAUGACGAUCUUGAUGUGAUAGAUGACGAUGGGCCAUCUUCAACGCGUAAAGUCGCGCAUGAUCCACCUGCUACCCCGAGUGCUACCCUCUCACGCCAACCACGCGACGUGAUUGAGGACUCUGACGAUGGCGCAGAUAUUUCACAUAUACGAGUCGGAGGGAGAGAUGCAGAUGAGCUACCAGAUGAUGCCAUAGACAGUACUCCUCCUGAAGAACCAGAGACUCUGGGCAUCCUAGACGCUGAGUUCGACGCACUGUUUGCACCGGUCAGAGAUGGGAAUAAACGGCGACGUGUGGAGGGAACAACGCCCUUUAAUCGAAGCAAUCUAAAGCUUGAUUCAAUACUAUCAUCACCUGAAACUGCGAACCUUCCAGCCGAUCCCAUCGACUUGCCCGAUAAAAACAGGCAAAGCACUACAGCAUGGGAAACGAGUACCCAAAGAACUCCUGCACCAAGUGCACGUCCAUUUGCACCAGCCGCACUAACCCAAAGCGAUAUAAAAACACCGUUCCGCGGUCGUCCUCGGUUUAUGCUUUCCUCAAUGGCGAAGCCUCCCAGCGGCCAGUCCGGACCCAAAUUUAAACCAGACACACCGGGAAUAUCGCCGCCUGAGAGACGGAAACCGGCUUUUGUUUUGCCUCGCUCCCCGUCGCCGAAUCCCGAUGCAGAGGAUAUCCCUGCGCCGUUCUCUCCUUCCUCACGCACACUUCGUCGUCGUGGUCGAAACAGAGCUGGUGUAUCCAACUAUAUCCCUGGCGGAAUGGCCGCUGAGGUACGUGGCUGGAUCUUGGAGAUGGGGACGAAACGUGACCAGUUUCCAAAGGCCCCCGUGGCUCAAGCUCCAAACUCGCAGACGGCAGAUGCCUCGCUGGAAAGGCUGAAGAUGUAUUUCCUAACCGCGCGAGUCAUCAAUGUCAGCCAGUCAGCUCUGAGCGGCUGUGGCUCUCUCGUCUUUCUUCAAGCAGAAGUGCUUAGUGGAGAUCAUGUGCAAGGGAAAAAUCCCAAUGCGACCUUGAAUAUCAUGGUUAUGGGACCGUCACGAUCUAAAUCCGCUGUUCGUCAAAGUCCAUCCGAUUCUGAUGCUGCUAUCGAAUCCCAUUUGCGGAAAGGGGACGUGGUGGGGAUUUACAGAGGGCUCAACUGGAGUUUGGAGCUUGGGAAUCACUUGUGCGAAAGUCGAACAACUGGUCGGGUUUCUGGCCACAUGUCGGAGUCUGGUCCAUUUGAAAAUGACGAACACUCAGAGACGAAAGAGGACUGGCUCAUAGCCAUGGAAUGGGACCUCGUUGAAACAGUUCUAUGA